AUGUGUGAAGAAAAAUCAAAGUUAUCUCAAUCCAGGAUAGUGGACAUAUCAGAUGAGUUAGAAAAUAAUGAAGCCCAUAUUAAUAAUGAAGAAAGUCCUGUUAUAAUUCAGUAUUCAACAGAGAGCAAUCAAUGCUUGGAAGAAAUAAAAUUGCUGGUCCAUAAAGUGCCAAAGGAAGAGUCGGCAAUCCAAUCUUUAAUGUUUAUUUUAAACGUCAGCAGAACACCAGAUGUAAUAGACUACAUAAGAAAUAUAAUUGCAAGAAUGAUAGAUGAAGAUGGUAAAUCGUACGCAAAUAAACUAUCAAAAAUGACCUUGGAAGAAUACCGUUUAUGGAUCUUACAACCAAACUCUCCGAUAGCUGAAUUGGAACUGGAAAUACUGGCUGAUCACUACGGAAUUGAGCUUUGCGUUUUGGACACAGCAGCUAAUACAAUAAGGAAGUUUGGUGGGAAUGAAUCCUUUACGUUGAGAGCGUUUUUAAAGUUUGAUGGCGAUCAGUAUUUUCCGGUUUACGCCGGAAGUUUCAACGGAGAAAAUGUCCCUACCAUAUUCGAGACAUCCAAUGGCGAAAUGGUGUACAUGAAGGUCAGGCGUGAAGUUCUGCGCAAGUUCCUGGAGCCUUUGUGCGCAGCCUAUCUCACGCAUUGCCCCCAGGGCCGGCUUAAGGCGACUCUAGCUCUCAUUUGUGCCCCAGAUGCGCGGACCUCUUUCACCGAGGCUGAUUCGCACGUUAAACCCUAA